AUGCCAACCACCCAAGACGCACCGUCUGCCCAAGGCGCUUCUGUGGAUGAACAUGAACAGUCCUCUACACUUGCAAACGCCAGCAGCGCCAAUGAGGUGGUGGAUUUCCAGGAGCAGCUAUUCAGGGACCCCUGGACCUCUAGGGAAACGCAAGAAGGAGAUGAACAAAGAGAGACAUCUGUCGUGGAAUCAAAUCCUCUGGAUGGAGUCCAGCGCCGUCAAGCUUCUAUUGUCGAUCUAACUACGAUCCCAGCCCCUCUCGAAAAGGCUUUAGCCAAGAUCAAAGACACAGGAAUUCCCAACGGCAAGGUGUUGCGUUGGCCCGUGUCUCUGGCACAAUGGCGGAGUGAUAAGUGCAUCGCAGAUGUUGUGGAAGAUCUGGAAUUUUUCCUCGAGAUCUUCAAGUUACGCCUUGAGACUCUUCGCAAGGGGGCAUGUGAGAAAGAUCCAAGGCUCAGGGCUGCACUGUGGCGCGCAGAGCUGAAUGCCCUGGAUUCACCGCUUCUUAAAAGGCCUCGACGCGAAUGA